AUAUAGCGCGACUGGGGCUGUGGAGGUUUUCGAGUGUGGGACCUGGCCUUAACGGGACGGUUUCCUCGUACACUACCUCUUGUGGAUGGUUCUUCUAUAUAUACAUGUAUAUUAUUUCCCGUGCUUUAUUUCCUGUAAAGCAGUUUGUUUUCUCCCACUUCCUCGUAGGAGUCAGUUGAUCGCGCUGAGGGAAGCCUGUGACCAUAUUUAUCACUCGGAUUUACGGGCUGUUUCCCUUUAUUGAUCGGCGGAGAUGGCCUGGGCGCUGAAGAUGCCAAUGCCGGAUGAGGUUAUCGAAUCCGGCCUGGUGCAAGAUUUCGACGCCAGUUUGUCUGGAAUCGGCCAGGAGUUGGGGGCAGGAGCCUACAGUAUGAGUGAUGUCCUUGCAUUGCCAAUCUUCAAGCAGGAAGAGUCCAGCUUGCCUCCAGAGGAUGAGGAUAAGCUACUCCCAUUUCAAUAUGUCCUUUGUGCAGCUACUUCACCAGCUGUAAAGCUCCAUGAUGAAACACUUACAUACCUUAACCAAGGGCAAUCUUAUGAAAUUCGAAUGCUUGACAACCGGAAAAUUGGGGAGUUGCCUGAAAUCAAUGGCAAGUAUGUGAAGAGUAUUGUCCGAGUGGUAUUUCAUGACCGCCGUUUACAGUAUACGGAACACCAGCAAUUGGAAGGAUGGAGGUGGAACCGACCAGGAGAUAGGAUCCUGGAUUUGGAUAUUCCAUUGUCAGUAGGCAUCGUUGACCCCAGAGCCAAUCCAACACAGCUAAAUACAGUGGAGUUUCUUUGGGACCCUUUGAAGAGAACCUCUGUAUUUAUCCAGGUGCAUUGUAUUAGUACUGAAUUCACAACCAAAAAGCAUGGAGGAGAAAAAGGAGUGCCUUUUCGAAUUCAAAUAGAUACGUUCAAAGAGAAUGAGAAUAGUGAAUAUACGGAGCAUCUUCACUCAGCUAGCUGUCAAAUCAAAGUGUUCAAGCCAAAAGGUGCUGAUAGAAAACAGAAAACAGACAGGGAAAAGAUGGAAAAGCGAACUCCUCAAGAGAAGGAAAAGUAUCAGCCUUCCUAUGAUACAACUAUCCUCACAGAGUGUUCUCCCUGGCCGGAUAUUUCCUAUGUUAACAACACAGCAUCUCCUGGAUUUACAAGUUCACAUGGCAAUUUUACAAUAGGUGAAGGGAAUGGAUCCCCUCAUCAUCAGCCUGAUCCAGUUCCUGCCACCACAGAUACAUUAGGAUCCUUUCGAAAGUGGGUUUGUCGAGAACUGUCAGUGUCUCCCGUCUCUGAAAAUCAGAAUCUGUUGGCAACAGCCACGCCACAGGAUGCUCAGCAGUGGUUGCACAGAAAUCGAUUUUCUCCAUACUGCAGGCUCUUCGCAAACUUCUCUGGUGGAGAUCUGUUAAAGCUGACUAGAGAUGACGUUAUUCAGAUCUGUGGCCCUGCUGAUGGAAUUCGACUCUUUAAUGCUCUGAAAGGAAGGAUGGUUAGACCAAGGCUAACCAUUUACGUUUGUCAGGAAUCGCAUCAAGUCCAAGAGCAACAGCAUCAGAAGCAGGAAAAUGGUGAUACUGUGAACAGUUCUUUCUAUGUGUACCAUGCAAUUUAUUUGGAAGAAUUAACAGCGGUUGAAAUGACAGAGAAGAUAGCUCAACUUUUCAAUAUUUCUCCUCGUCAAAUCCACCAGAUCUAUAAACAGGGCCCCACGGGUAUUCAUGUGCUUGUGAGUGAUGAGAUGAUCCAAAACUUCCAGGAUGAAUCAUGUUUUAUACUCGAUACCUUAAAAGCCGAGGGUUGUGACAGUUACCACAUAAUCCUCAAGUGAGCAAUGUCCAAGGAUAGCGUCUUCUGUGAAUGACCUUACCCUUACGUUGUGGCUCCUACUCCUAGCAGCAAAAUAAUUACAACCCUUAAAGACUCAAGGAUGUUGCUGUCUAUCUUGGCACAGGACAAACCUUUAUGCGAUCGUGCACAUAGUCAGCAGCCUGACAAAAGCGACCAACUUCUAUUGAAGCAGGUUCUAAAUUGUGGGCAAGAGGCUAGGUAGGGGAAAGAACAAAAUGUGACAAAUGAAUGUGUGUUGUUCAACUUUGAUACAAAAUUGUUUCUGAUAAGUGUGUUUGCUGCUGUUCUUGACUUUGGGUGGGAUAAGGGAAGUAUGCAGAAAGCAUGUUGGUUUUUCAUUCUUGAUUUGCACCUUUUUUAUAUUUUAUGUGCAUCAUCCUUAGUGCCUGGAUGAAAAAUACAUUUUGACUGGUUCAGUUUUCUUCAAGGUUGCAGUUGAGCUCAGUUUAGUAAAGUUGUUUGCUGCAGAUCUUGGAUCGCAACAGACUUCCAGAUUUUAUCAUUCUUAAUCCAUGUUUGGUGGUGUUGUUGAACAUUUUAUGUGUAGUCCUGGUAUGAUUUGAAAUCCACUUACUUCUUAGGGUAUGCUGCUGAUUAUCGUAUGUAUUCACUUUGAAAGUAAUGAUAUUAAAAUAUGGAUUAAUUUACUUAUUUCAUUUAAGUCUUACCUUCUAAGCUAAGAUCCCAGUUGGUUAUGUGCAAAAUUUAGGAAGGUUUUUUAAGCAAAAUAUUUUUGAACAUCAAUUUGGGAGAAGCUUCCUGUUCAAACAGUGCAAUAACUCAUCAAAGGAUCCAUUAGCAAAAAGUUGAAUUUCAGUUGAAGUCCUAAUCCAGUUGAACAUUCAUGAACAACAGUUUGUAAGUAGAUGUUUUGAAAAUCAAGGGUACAAGGUGGUCUGACAUCUCUUGAAUUUGCUUUCUCAUGUCUUCCUCUCGUUCCCAAGCAAUUGUGCGCUUCCACCAGUUCUAGGGAAGGUCUGGUCUGCCUCAUUUUAUAUAUGAUUAUUUUUGAUCACUUCAAGAGCAGCUAUGUUGGUAUCCAGUGAACUGCCUGUCCUCUGCAUAGUCCUACACAGUCAAGUGAAUAUCGAAAGAAGAAGGCAAUAAGCUCGUCAAACAAAAGGACUUUUAACGUGAAUAAAAUCAAAUUGGUUUUCGGUCAGCAGCAGUACUGGAACAUGUGUAUCAGUGUACUCUUGAACUUCAGUGUAGAGAUUAUAUGUAAAAGGCUUUGGGGGACUAUAUAAAUUAGGUCCACCUUUCAUAAUUCAAUGAAUUCUUAUUGUUAUUACAUAAUGUGGUUGCAACAGUGUGGUAAAACACCCAGUACAACUAUCCAAUAGAGCAUUUGCUAUAUAAAACCGUGGACUUCCAGAAGAAUCUGCUCCUUGACAUAGGAAAUCUUUACUUUGCAUUCCCAACCCUGUGUUAGAGCUGCAGUCUUACUAUUUCCUGUUGGCACAUCAUCGGAGACUGAGCCUGGAUUUUGUUAACGUGUUUGCUUAUCAAUGAGUUUGAAUUGCUUUCUGGAAUAGUUAUUUCUGAGUUGUCAAUGACAUUUCUUGCAGAGGAAGAAAUCUACACUGGUAAAUCUGAGUAUGUUAAAAGGAGAGGGGAGAGAAGAGAAGCAUUUGUUUAAUAGAAGCACUUCCAACUGAAAAUGAUCUUCCUUCACAUAAACCAGUACUUUAUUAUGGAGGAUAUUUAGCCAUCAAUGGCCUGUGAUACAGUAAUAUUUUCUAUUGUGUUUUGGAUAUAUUUAAAAAGUAGUAUGUGGGAUAUGCUCGUCUUUGCAGACCAUCCCCUCACUAUAAAUUUUGUGUAUAAUAAUGAAUUAAGUUGUACUAAAAUAUAGAUCUGUUUCUUCAAUAAGAACAUGACUAAACCAAAGGUAUAGUGUGUAGUCAUAGGGAAGAGACUUGCCUUCCAUUGAAACUCUCAAGCUAGUUUUGGAAUCUCAUCAGUUGAGUUUAGAAAUUAGAUGAUCACUGUCUUUUUCAUUGCACAGUCACCCAACUACAGAAAUAAAAUGUGUCCCAUUUUUAGUUAUGAAGUAGAUAGAUGCUGGUGACUCGGUCACUGGUGAGGGUUGGUUGGAAUUGAACAACAUUUACAAUCACUAGUCUGAGAAUAGAAUGUUCAGGAUCAAGCAGUGGGAAUUGCAGUUAUCAUUUACAUUCCAUUUGGUUUUCUUCAAAGGAAAUCUAGGAAAAUCCAUCCGAAAUGGUGAGGGACUGUCAGUGAUUCGGUUGAAGGUCUUAUUUGCCUGAUUUGUCUGUAUAGGGUAAAUAUAACCCUGGGACCUGUCAUUAUAAGGGAGAUCAAGGUGUGGUUAAUGAGUCGUAGGAGCUGGACUGUCCUCUGCUACAUGCAAGUUCAGAUUUAAAUAUAUUAUUGAUUAAUUCAAUCAAAAUGGUAUGGAAAUAAAAAAUUACCUCUGGUCAUGAGGGAUGAAAUUUGUUUGUUUUGCUUGUUUUGUGGAUUGGGUUUGAGAGGAUCUUAUAGAAUAAUUAUAAUAAUGUGGAGUUUUUUAAAAUUUAAAAAUGAGCAUUUUAGUUGUGCCUUUAGUGCUGUGGUGUGUUUACAGGUGGUGAAUGGACCAGUAGAUGUAAUUGGAAUCCUAAUAUUCAGACUUUGAGGGAGGACAUUAGGGAAGAAAGUAGUCAGGCAAUAAUGACUAAUGUUUUUUUAAAUUAUUUUGACAUGUAAUGGUGUCCCAGCACAAUACAUGUUACCAUUUUAAAUAUUUUUCCUGUGCAACAAAGUGUAAAACAAAAGCAGAGACUAAAUGAAGGUUUGUUAACACAAACUAAUGUGAUACAUCAGUGAGUUUGCCCAUCAAUCCCUGUAAUAUUUUUUCAACAUGUAAUCCACAGUAUGUACAAUAUGUUAUAUUAAUCUAAAUGGUAGUAUUAAUUCUCUAAUUGCCUCUGGUUUAUAGCUGUCAGGGGACCGUAUGGAAAUUCAUCAAAUAGGGAAAAAUUUAUUUUUCUUUGAAGUUAUUUCAUGUAUACUACAAAUUUCAAAGCUUUGAUAUCUGGACUAUUACAAAGAUGCCUAUUGAAAUAUGAUGAAGUUAAAGAGUAUCCUUUUUGAUUUCUUAAAAAUAAACCACUUGAUGCCUCUUUAAAACAAAAGUCAGAAGAAUGGAAUAAGCAACAAUAGCCCCUGAAUAAUCUCUCAUUCAGUCUAUGACUAGUUGUCCCAUGUGGCAAUGCUAUUUGGCAGAGAGGUGGAAAGGUGUAGUUAACAGGAGCCCUGCCUUGUGAAACAUGAGAUCAGUGUUGCAGUUUGGCAGAAAGUAUUAGAACGUUCCGUAGCUGGAAGAUGAAAGGCUGAAUUCUGCUCACACUGCUGGGAUAAAAUUGUCUUGAAUUGUAGAGAUUGGAUACAGAAUGAGUUUGGAGCAAACUUGACUUAGUUUAGUAUGGUUCUGAUUUUAAAAGAGUCAACAAAUGGUUUCUGCUGAAUUAGUGCUGGCUUGGGAACUGUGCUUCUAUCCUUUAAUGGGUUUAAGAUGGCACUAGUGAUGCCCAGUGAAUACUUAACAGCAGCAAAAUACAAAACAAAGCAAACUACUAAACACCUUAUUAAUAAUAAUCACCGUUAACAAUGGUGAGGCAUGCAGAGGCAAGGCUAGGUGAGUGGUGGUGAAAGCGAUGCGUGGCAAGUGGAGGCGGAAGCGAGAAAAGUCCCGAUGUCUCAUCGAUUUAAGUGCUGGGCCGAAUUGGAAAGAGUUGUCUACAGGCUGAAUUAUGGCAGUGGGGCCCAGGCCCCAGAGCUGACUGAGAGUGAGGUAAGACCCAAUGUUUGGACAAUUUAAGCACCAGGCCAGAUGGAGAAGGUCAGGGUGUCAGGAUGGGAGGUGAGGGAUGGGAUUGGUUCUGCUCUGUGACAUUUGCUAAGCUCUUCACUGAACUGAGGCUGUGGCCUGCUCUGGCUGCAAUGAUGCCUGGCUUUAUGCCUUUCAUAAAACUUCUGUUCUGAAUACUAUUUGCUUACUUUUAUAGGUUGCAAGUUUUUUUUUCUCUCUGCACAUUGGAUGUUUUACAGUCUUUUUUCUGGGUUCUUUUGGGGUUUCUUUGUUUUGUUGCUGCCUGUAAGGAGACAAAUCUCAAGGUUGCUUAAUGUUUACAUGCUUUGGUAAUAAAUAGAAACAUAGAAAAUAGGUGCAGGAGUAGGCCCUUCGAGCCUGCACCGCCAUUCAGUAUGAUCAUGGCUGAUCAUCGAACUCAGAACCCUGUACCUGCUUUCUCUCCAUACUCCUUGAUGCCUUUAGCCACAAGGGCCAUAUCUAACUUCCUCUUAAAUAUAGCCAAUGAACCGGCCUCAACUGUUUCCUGUGGCAGAGAAUUCCACAGAUUCACCACUCUCUGUGUGAAGAAGUUUUUCCUCAUCUCGGUCCUAAAAGGCUUCCCCUUUAUCCUUAAACUGUGACCCCUUGUUCUGGACUUCCCCAACAUCGGAAACAAUCUUCCUACAUCUAGCCUGUCCAAUCUCUUUAGAAUUUUAUACGUUUCAAUAAGAUCCCUCCCCCUCAAUCUUCUAAAUUCCAGUGAGUAUAAGCCUAGUCGAUCCAGUCUUUCUUCAUAUGAAAGUCCUACCAUCCUAGGAAUCAAUCUGGUGAACCUUCUCUGUACUCCCUCUAUGGCAAGAAUGUCCUUCCUCAGAUUAGGGGACCAAAACUGCACACAAUAUUCUAGGUGCGGUCUCACCAAGGCCUUGUACAACUGCAGUAGAACCCCCCUGCUCCUGUACUCAAAUCCUUUUGCUAUGAAUGCCAACAUACCAUUUGCCUUUUUCACCGCCUGCUGUACCUGCAUGCCCACCUUCAAUGACUGGUGUACAAUGACACCCAGGUCCAGUUGCAUCUCCCCUUUUCCUAAUCGGCCACCGCUCAGAUAAUAAUCUGUUUUCCUGUUCUUGCAACCAAAGUGGAUAACCUCACAUUUAUCCACAUUAAAUUAGAUCUGCCAUGAAUUUGUCCACUCACCUAACCUAUCCAAGUCACCCUGCUAACACAGCUAACACCGCUGCCCAGCUUCGUGUCAUCCACAAACUUGGAGAUGCUGCAUUUAAUUCCCUCAUCUAAAUCAUUAAUAUAAAUUGUAAACAACUGGGGUCCCAGCACUGAGCCUUGCGGUACCCCACUAGUCACUGCCUGCCAUUCUGAAAAGGUCCCAUUUACUCCCACUCUUUGCUUCCUGUCUGUCAACCAAUUCUCUAUCCACAUCAGUACCAUACCCCCAAUACCAUGUGCUUUAAAUUUGCACACUAAUCUCCUGUGUGGGACCUUGUCAAAAAUGUACUUUAAACUUCAAUAGCGUUGUUAAGUCAUGCAGCACAGAAACAGGCUCUUGAACGCAUUGUGGGAAUGCAGACCAUCAAGCACUGAUCUAAAGGAACAAACAAAGUGCUGGAGGAAAUCAGCAGGUCAGGCAGCAUCUAUGGAGAGGAAUGAACAGUUGACAUUUUGGGCUGAGACACUUCUAUUAAUGCCAUUUAUCAACACUUUCAUCAGGGCAUGAAGUGCAACAGUCAAAGAAAAUCGCAUUGGCCACCGGACAUGGCUUCACAUUUACUUGAAGCACACCUGUCCUUUUGCAAAGAAACAUGCUGACAGAGAUGCUUUGAGCCUUGCAGUUGGGAGCUUUUCUUGUCAAAUAGCAUUAAAAUGAUACAAAACCAAAUGGAACUGCAGUCCUAAGUCAGAAUUUUGUUCCACACUUGCAUAACAGACCAAAUAACAAUCUCUAUUAGAUACUACUAACGAAUGGAAAUGUACUGCCUGCAUCAAAACAGGCUGUUUCCUGCGAUUGUAUGGCAUAGUUUUGUGACGACAUACAAUAAUUAAUUCACAAAUUAUGAGUACUAUUAAAUGUGUUGUAUUUAACCCCAGUCACAUGCAUUUGUAGGAAAGCUGUCCAUUCUCUGCCUAUUUUUGUUAUGACUCCUUUCCCAAGGGAAAAACUUGUGCAAGUCUCUGCUAAGCUAUUGUACACUAGGCCUAUUUUCUUUCAUUUAACCCCUUCCCUUUUGCAACUUCAAAGUGGAUUUCUGGUUUGGUUGACUGUCACAGUAGUUUGGAUUAAAUUCUGUAAUGGAUUUUUGCAUAUUAUCCAACAUAUUCCAAAAUGUGCUUCUUUGGCAUCUUUAUUUAAAAUUCCUACUGUUUACUUUAAUAUCUUCACAGUUCUCAUCUGACUUAUUCCUCUGACUCAUUAAUUGAUACCACUGGAGAUCCUCUGGUUGUAUCAUUUUUAAAUAUAGCUGCAACACAUGACAGAUAAGCAGCAGGUCACAUUUAUAUUGACUUUUAGAUGUAACCUACAUGCUAUAAAUGACACAAUGCAAAGGGAGAACCCGCUAAUUGAGCAGAUACAACUUCAACUCUGCAAAUAUUUGGAUUAAAGACAUUGUAUGCCAUGUCAGUAAAGGCAAAUACAGAACUGAGUGCAACAAUUAGUUUGUACAGUGAGCAGAUUAUUUAAUUCUUGGGGCUGAAUCUAGAGUUGAGUUGCUUAAUGUGAGAUAGACAAUGUUUGGUAGCUCCUUGUGACCUCCCACCCUCAGCUUGUGUUCUGUACAUUAGGCCCUGCUCACCACUCCCUCAAAACUAAUCCAACAUUUAAUGAGCUUCUCCCAGCUCCACUUAAAGGCACCAUAAAAAAGUGUCUGCUUUCAACCAUUGCAUCACCUUUGUCCUCUACUGCCCAGAUAAUUUCACUUUUUCCAUAAUCCACAGACUAAUAGAAACAGAAAACCUACAGCACAAUACAGGCCCUUCAGCCCACGAAGCUGUGCCAAACACGUCCUUACCUUAGAACUACCUAGGCUUACCCAUAGCCCUCUAUUUUUCUAAGCUCCAUAUAUCCAUCCAGGAGUCUGUUAAAAGACCCUAUCGUUUGCCUCCACCACCGCCGCCGGCAGACCACUCCAUGCACUCACCACUCUCUGCGUAAAAAAAAAUGUACCCCUGACUUCUCUGUACCUACUUCCAAGCACCUUAAAACUGUGCCCUCUUGUGCUAGCCAUUUCAGUCCCGGGAAAAAGCCUCUGACUAUCCACAUGAUCAAUGCCUCUCAUUAUCUUGUACACUUCUAUCAAGUCACCUCUCAUCCUCCGUCACUCCAAGGAGAAAAGGCCGAGUUCACUCAACCUAUUCUCAUAAGACAUGCUUCCCAAUCCAGGCAACAAGCACACAUUUCCUGCUGUUCGCAAAUCAGCUUUAUAUACACCAGCUCCCACAUCUCUAUUCUGCAAGAUGCCAAUUUACAUCAUUAAUCUGCAUUUGCUCUGGGUAUUAAAGUAUCUACCCUGCUUUAGCAAAUACUCAAAUCAAACCAUGUGUAAUAAGCAACAUCAGCCCCAGGUAUGAUGAAAACAGUUUACAAUUAAGCUGGUAUUUAGUUAAAUAAAGAAGUUGGCUAUUCAAUGUUCUGAAUGUUCAUUAAAAUUACUCAAGGAAAACUAUAGUGAAAAUUCUUUCAACUUGGGGGUUGAGGUGGGGGGAUGGGCAGUCAUAUUUCAGCCACUGAGCAUGCCAAUUGCAUGCAACUGUGGCCUGGCCCUGGUGCUGUAAACAGAAAGCCAGGAAAUUCUGUUCCUCCUCUUUAUAUACUCAACAAUCCAGUGACAAUCUAGAAAAACUCCAGUACCACAACUAACUUGACUGAGAAAUAUAUCAAUGCCUUCCUAAAAAUCCCAAUAUAUCAUACAUCCCCUCCCACAAUAUUGGGCAGCAUCUGUGGUAAUUCAGUUCACUUAGAUUCAGAACCCAUUUUGAGAGAGGAAUUGCCACUGAGACCAUCUGAUAUAUUUAGUCUGAUUAUAUCCUUGUGUCAAUUAACUGACAAAUUUCACCUCAAAAUAACAUGAUUAAUAUGCCAUAAAACAAAAUGUUGGAGUUAGGUUUGGAUGCAUCUGUGGAAAGAGAAGUAGAUAACAUUUCAGGUCAAUGACCCUUCAUCAUAACUGACAUUUCUGAUGAAAGGCUAUUGACCUGAGCCAACAACUGUUUCUCGCUCCACAGAUGCUACCUGAUCUACUAAGUCUUUCUAGCAUUUUGUUUUUAUUUUAGAUUUCCAGCAUAUAUAGUUACUUGAUGUCCUAACAACCUUCAGAACGCUGCAAAACUGCAGAUUUCAACAUGAACCAACACGUAUUCCCACUAUUCAUUUGUUUCCAAGAUUCAUCAGUGACCUCUAGCACAAGGGAUGGAACACAAACUCAUAAAUUUAGGAAUGAGUUAGCAGGUAAGAGAUAAUUGCCAAGAGGUAGUUGCAACAUUAAAAACUGAAAAUAAUCAGAAAAGGUGGUCCUAUUCCAUUAUCUGCAACAGCUAGAGUUUUACACCUAGACACAUUAUUAUAAACCCAAAUAUAUAAUAGCCUCUCAAACAUCCCAUUGUAGAUGGUCGUAGUAGAAGGUUGCCUGUGACUACUGGAGUGCCGCUAGGAUCAGUGUGGGGUCUGUUGCUCUUUGCCAUUGAUAUCAAUGAUCUGAACGGUAAUGUGAUUAACUGGAUGAACAAAUUUGCAGGUGACACCAAGAAUGGAAGUGUAGUGGACAGUGAGGAAGACUAUCAGCUUGCAACAGGAUCUGGAAAAAUGGCAGAUGGAAUUUACUGCAGACAAAUGCGAGAUGUUGCACUUCAUUAGGACCAACCAGGGUAGGUCAUAGACAGUGAACAGUAGGGCACCGAGGAGUGCACUAGAACAGAGGGAUCUGGGAACACAGGCCCAUAAUUAAUUGAAACUGGCAUCACAGGUAGAUAGUGUCAUAAAGAAAGCCUCUGGCACAUUGGCCUUCUAAAACUCAAGGUAUUGAUUACAGGAGAUGGGGUGUUAUGUUGAAGUUGUAUAAGACAUUGGUGAGGGCGGUUUUGGUCACUUACAGAAAAUAUGUAAAUAAGGUUGAGAGUACAGAGAAUGUUUGAUGAGAUGGGGAUUGCUUAUGCAGGGGUUGAGAACUGGGGAAGUAGGAGGGUCAUCUCUGCAAAGGAGAAGUUUGGUUGUAGGAUUCUUCAUCAAUUCAUCCACUGGAUUUCAGUGGACAUCAUCACAUCUUCAAGGCAAUAUAAGUGUGUGUUCAAUUUGUAUGGAGUUACAGAGUUUAAGAGCCUGCAGAACACUGCUCUUAGUGGCAGUCUUUACAGAGAUCAUAAGCAGCCUGAUCUUGUGGUUAAGCUCACUUCUUUCAAUUUGUGAUUAAAAAUCAUUUGUAGUAUCGCAAUAUUAGGUAUACUCUUUGAUUUUACUUCAAGCACCUAGCCAAGUCUUCAAUUCAUGCAUGGUAGAUGUUUUAUAACAGGAACUGUUUGGACUGGUUGUGAGCAUGUGCAAAGUUACAUAAAAAUCCAUUGGCAAGUUAUGUAGCUAGAAAUAUACAAAAAAGUCAAUUUUUAAAUUAACAACUGUAAUAUGCUCUUCUACAUUAACUCAUAGAUCAAUUUUUUUUGUACUUUCAUUUAACCCAAUAAACUUGAAAAUGUUUGCCUCA